AAAAACAAUCCCACCAAGCUCGUCUUCCCUCCGCCUCCCGGUGUCUCCUCCCGCGAUCCCCUUCCCCUUCCCCGCCGGCCGCCGCGCCGCCUCCCGCAGCUCCCAGCACGCCGCUACCUCCGAACACGGGCGCGAUGCUCCCCCCAUCCCCAGUGCCGCCUCCCUCAUCCGCUCUUCAGCUCCCAGUCGUCGAGCCGUACGCCGCAGGUAACCGCCGGUCAGCUCGAUCAUGGCAACCGCCGAACGUGCAGCAAGUCGGGGUGGUUACCUCCUCCACCACUACAAAGAGCGGCCGGAGCCCGCCGACCUGCCUUACCCUUGGCGUGGGCAAGGCACGCGCAGCUCCGGGACUGGAUUCGCACAACGCUCGCGGCGCCCGAGGCCAACUCCAUUGCCGCCAGCGGGCUCCAAGCUGAGCUGAUCCGGCGCCGUGCUGCUCGCGGUUCCGCACGGUGCCGCGUGGGCAAGGUUGAGGUGUGCAUGAUCAUAUUCAUCCUAUUCUGCAUGAGCAAGUCCUCCAAAAAGGGUGUAUGUUGAUCAUAAGAGGGGUAGAAGUUAAAUAUAAUCUCCACAAAUUCGGAUUAUGACUUUAGUUAUCUUUCACAACAGACAUCCUGGUUCCUGUGUUGCUGAGGUCACGGGUGAGGAGCUAGCUAGCUAGCUAAGUCGAUCAUGGAGGUGUGGCCGCCGCUGCUGGUUGUUAUCUUCACGCUCUAUGUUGUCUCUCCCUGCUGCGGCCUUGAGGCCGUGGCUAAGAACGUGACUGUGGCACAACUACUGCCGAUUUCGUCGUACCAUGGGGGUUUGGCUACCUACAAUGCCAAGAACUUCGGCGCUGAAGGCAACGGCACCAACGACGAUACCAAAGCGUUGAUGGCAGCAUGGAAGGCAGCGUGUGGUGCAUAUGGCACGGUGACGCUGUUGAUCCCGCCGGGGACGUACUACAUCGGGCCGACGAAGUUCCAUGGUCCCUGCAAAGCCUCCGCCAUCACCUUCUUGCUCCAGGGGACGCUCAAGGCGGCGACGGAUCUGAGGCGUUUUGGCAACGACUGGAUCGAGUUCGGGUGGGUGAAAGACCUCACUGUGGCCGGACAGAACAAUGCCAUCAUCAAUGGCCAGGGCGCCGCCUCCUGGCCCUUCAACAAGUGUCCCUUCCAAAAGGACUGCAAAGUCCUCCCCACUAGCGUGCUGUUCGUGAACAACCAGAACACGGUGGUGCGCGACAUCACGUCGGUAAACAGCAAGUUCUUCCACAUCGCACUGCUGCAGAGUAAGAAUAUGAAGUUGAUCAACAUCCAGAUCAACGCGCCGGAGAACAGCCCAAACACAGAUGGCAUCCACAUCGAGCGAAGCACGGGUGUGGUGAUUUCCGACACCCAUAUCAGCACAGGAGAUGACUGCAUCUCCAUCGGCCAGGGGAGCGACAACAUCGACAUCGCCCGCGUCCACUGCGGCCCGGGGCACGGCAUGAGCGUCGGCAGCCUUGGACGGUACGUGGACGAGGGCGACGUCACCCGCGUCCACGUCAGGAGCAUGACCUUCGUGGGCACCAUGAACGGCGUCCGGAUCAAGACGUGGGAGAACUCCCCUACCAAGAGCCUCGCCGCGCACAUGCUGUUCGAGAACAUGAUCAUGAAGGACGUGCAGAACCCCAUCAUCAUCGACCAGAAGUACUGCCCUUACUACGACUGCGAGCACAAGCACGUCUCCGGGGUCACCCUCAAGGACAUCACGUUCAAGAACAUCAAGGGGACGUCGUCGACGCCGGUGGCCGUGCGGCUCCGGUGCGGCGUGCCGUGCCAGGGCGUCGUGCUGCAGGACGUGGACCUGAAGUACAUGGGAGAGGGAGGGUCCUCGUCGAAGUGCGAGAACGCCAUGGCCACGUACGUUGGCUACCAGCACCCAGAGCCAUGCGCCUAGUCGGCCGAUUUGAUUCUGGUGGAUGCUGGUGCGACCUCAAUUUAGUUCUCCUUUACUUCUUUUCCUGUUGCUUCGAAUGUUUUGUGUGUGUGCGGCAUUAGGGAGCCGCCAAUUGCUGGCGUCUACGCCUCUAUGGAGUACUUGCCUAGCUGCUCAAUCAGAGAACUCGAUCGUCUGACAAGUGGGCUCUGUGCUUAUGUUGACGAUCAGUGUGCUUAUGUGGACGAUCAGUGUGCUUAUGUUCACCACUGUGCUUUGUGCUCGAAAUCGGGAAUCUGUUAU